AUGGCCGGGGCCAAGAAGAAGAAGAAGCCCGCCGCCAACCCGGCCAGAGGCUUCGCCACCACGUCCGUCGCAUCGUCCAAGCCUCGGACCGAACCCGCCGAGGGCUCCGAGACCGUCACCACGGCCGCUCUCAACGCCGCCGUAAACCAGGAUGCAGGCCCGCCCUCCGACCCUCAGUCUACGUCUGCUGGUGCCGGUGACAAGGCUACCAAGACCGAACUGAGCCCCGAGGAAUUUGAAAUGCAGCUGGACGAGUCCGAGCUGCAGCUUUUGGUAGAAAAGUACGCUCAAAAGACCAAACGGGAUGCCCAACGCCAGCGGACGAGGCUAGAGACCGACCGCCGCCUUCUCAGGGGUCAAGCCGACACCGUCAACUCGAGGAAAUGGCUGCCUCAAGAGUUGAUGGAUCAAGUACUUGAUCUGAUCCAAGCUGAGAGUCGGUUUGCAUCCUCCAGCGUCUCUACCGAGACUGUUGCUAGUGGAAAGCUGUUGCCGGAGGAGGACAUGACCAUCAAGUUAUGGACUCUGCAGCAAACGCUCACCAGCGUUGGCUUCCCCGAAGAGCGCGUGCAGGCCGUCAUGCGUCACAUCCUCGACAUUGCUCCCAAUAUACCAUCGAUUGCCAAGGACAGUCUUUGGGGCCUUGAAGAAGCCCUCGACUGGAUGGCCCGUGAAUGCCCAAGCGACGAGCUGCCUGACUACGAAGGCAGGGGCAAACAGGGAACCAGGCAACUAGACACCCCGGCUGAGAGUCCUCUGCCCUCAGGGGCAACCACCCCCAGGGCCUCUGAGCCCAGUGGUCGCCAAACGGGCGGACAAAGGUCCAAGAAGAAGGCCGUCGUGACUUGUGAUAGUGAUAUUGAACCGGAUGACCUGGUUCCAGUCUUCCUAGAAACGAAGGCCAAGUUGUUUGUACUCCAAACGAACCAGCAGGGCAAGAAGAAGCAAAGGAAUGGAGACCCUGCAGCGGAAGAAGAGGCGGGAAGACUGGCAAAGCUCCAUGCAAAAAUUGACAGAAUCGAGAAGGAUGUUUUGUUCGACAAAUUUGCUGCCGAGCAGCAGUGGAAAACUCAAAAGAUGGCGUUGGAGAAGGAGGCUGCUGUUGCAAGGAAGCAAAGGUUGCAAGAAGAGGCCGAGAAGGAGUCAGAAAACAAGACUGAAGAAGCAGCCGCAUCCUCCGAUGGGGACAUCAACGAUGAGGCCGAGCGUAUUGCUGCCGAAAUUAUUGCGCAGGGCGAGGAUGACGAGGAUGGCGGCCUCAGUGAUCUUUUCGCCAAUCUUCCUGUCACAGAGGUCGACGCUGCAGGCAACUCAACCACCGUUCUGAAUGGCGCAGACGGCGUCAAGAUAGCCAUCCGAGAUUUUGGGAAAUGGACUGGCGUCAGCCCCAUGCGAGCGUUGGAGGAAGCCUGCCGGGCAAGAGAUGCUGCGGCCAAGACUACCUAUCGCCUCAUUUCCGAAGUACCGUUCGCUAAUCGGCAUGCUGUAUCCAUUUCAUGGUCCAAGUCUCAGGAGAUACCGCCGCCGUCUCAGGAUGACAGUGUUGAAGUUACCGCCUACCCGUCCGGCUUCACCUUCAACAUGAAGUCGGUUGCCACUCCCGACAAGAAACAGUCGGAAGCUUAUGUUGCGACUUGGGCCUUGUUCCACAUCUUUGGCACCUCGUCCAAGGAGGAAAAGGUCGGGAUGAGGCUGCCCGUUGUCUGGCGUGAGCUGUGGGAUGAGCUGGCAGAGGCUCGCAAAAGCCGACUGGAUGCCAAGGACCGGGAAGCUAUUAGAGAGCUGCGGGCUCUCGUACGCCAGAGACAGGACCAAGAGCUUGAAGACGGUGUCAUCCUCCAAAGCGCUUUUAAGGGGAGGGGCACGGCCCGCAACCAGAUCGACAAGGGAGACGAAACCGCUCAGGAGGCUGCUAAGCGGCUCUCUGGCGGACCCGAGUACUACCAAAAUAUUUGGGCCCUGAAGACCAAUACUCCCAGAUACCAGGCCAUGCUCCAGUCUCGCAUGCAACUUCCCAUGUGGAACUUCAAGCAGCAGGUCACGGACGCUGUCGACAGAGAACAAGUGGUCAUUAUCUGCGGAGAGACAGGAUGUGGGAAAAGCACCCAGGUGCCGGCCUUUCUACUCGAGCACCAACUGGCUCAAGGCAAGGCGUGCAAGAUUUACUGCACCGAGCCGCGGCGAAUUUCGGCCAUUUCUUUGGCCCGCAGAGUUAGCGAGGAGCUUGGCGAGGGUCGUAACGACUUGGGGACUUCGAGGUCCCUGGUGGGAUACUCGAUUCGUCUCGAAGCCAACACCUCCCGAGAGACGCGGCUGGUUUUUGCUACCACCGGUAUCGUUAUGCGAAUGCUGGAGGGCUCCAACGACCUACGAGAAGUCACACACUUGGUUCUCGACGAGGUUCACGAGAGAUCCAUCGACAGCGAUUUUCUGCUCAUCAUCCUGAAGAAGCUUCUGCUGAGACGCCAGGACUUAAAGGUGGUGCUCAUGUCAGCCACGGUUGAUGCCGAGCGAUUCUCCAAUUACCUCGGCGGAGCACCAGUGUUGACAGUCCCUGGCCGGACGUUCCCUGUUCAAGUCCGCUACUUGGAGGAUGCAAUCGAAGCAACCGGCUACACCGUCGGCCAGACCCCCCAGGAGAAGAUGGUCGAUCUCGACGACGAUGUUGUCGAAACGACGGAAGUCGAAGGGCCCAAGUCCAUCGCCGGGGCCGACCUUUCGGCCUAUUCCGCCAAGACCAGAAACGCAUUGGCUCAGAUGGAUGAGUACCGGAUCGACUUUGACUUGAUCGUUCAGCUGAUUGGCAAAGUCGCUUCUGAUUCCGAGUAUGUAGCCUACAGCAAGGCCAUCCUCGUCUUCCUGCCCGGUAUCGCCGAGAUUCGAACGCUCAACGACCUCCUUUCCGGAGACCCUUCUUUUGCCCGCGACUGGCUCAUCUACCCGCUCCAUUCGACCAUUGCGACUGAGGAUCAAGAAGCCGCUUUCCUUGUUCCACCUCCGGGCAUGCGAAAGAUCGUGUUGGCGACCAACAUCGCGGAGACGGGCAUUACCAUCCCUGACGUGACAUGUGUCAUUGACACGGGCAAGCAUCGCGAGAUGAGGUUCGAUGAGCGGAGACAGCUCUCCCGACUCAUCGACACUUUCAUAUCCCGCGCAAACGCCAAGCAGCGACGCGGAAGAGCCGGUCGUGUUCAGGAGGGACUUUGCUUCCACAUGUUCACGAAGCACAGGCACGACACGAUUAUGAGCGAUCAGCAGACCCCGGAAAUGCUGCGCCUUUCGCUCCAGGACCUGGCCAUCCGAGUCAAGAUUUGCAAGAUUGGGGGUAUCGAGGAGACACUCAGCGAGGCACUAGAUCCCCCUUCGGCCAAGAACAUCCGGCGCGCCGUGGAUGCGCUUAUUGACGUUCGUGCUCUGACUCCUGCCGAGGACCUGACCCCUCUCGGCAAUCAGCUUGCUAGGCUGCCUUUGGAUGUGUUCCUGGGCAAGCUGAUCCUGAUGGGCGCCAUCUUCAAGUGUUUGGAUAUGGCUAUUACCGUGGCCGCCAUCCUCUCGUCCAAGUCGCCUUUCACAGCACCGUUUGGGCAGCGUGCACAAGCCGAUCUCGUACGCAAGGGGUUCCGUCGGGGCGACUCGGAUUUGUUGACAGUGUAUAACGCGUAUCUCGCGUGGAAACGGGUGUGCCAGUCUACCAGCGCUUCUGGCGGGAAGGACUUCCAAUUUUGCCGGAAGAACUUUCUCAGCCAGCAGACACUGGCCAACAUAGAAGACCUCAAGGGCCAGCUCCUGGUUUCGGUGGCGGACUCCGGGUUCCUCUUGCUGACUGACGACGAGAGACGAGCCCUCAAUCGGUUGCGGUAUGGCGCCAACUCGAGAGGGAGACGGCAUCAGAACUUCUUCGACAUCCCCCAACGCGUGAGCAUCAACAGUGAGAACGACGCCAUCACAACGGCAGUCGUCGCGUGGAGCUUCUACCCCAAGUUGCUGGUUCGUGACAACCCGGGAAGCCGGGGCUUGCGCAAUGUCGGCAACAACCAGUCCAUUACCCUGCAUCCAUCCUCCGUCAACAAGGGCCAUAAUGAGCUGAAAUGGCUGUCCUACUAUCACAUCAUGCAGUCCAAGAGUGUUUACCACGCACACGAGACUACGGCUGCCGAUCCUUUUGCCAUUGCUCUGCUGUGCGGCGACGUACGAGCUGACAUGUUUGCUGGUGUUCUCGUCCUCGAUGGCAACCGCUGCAGGUUUGCCGUACCCGACUGGAAGACAAUGCUUGUCAUCAAGGUCCUCCGCACCAGGCUCAGAGAGCUCCUCACUCGCUCCUUCAAGCAACCGGGCAAGUUGCCGACGGCACAGCAUGAGCGGUGGUUGGCGAUUUGGCAAAAGAUUUUCUCGCAAGAAACGAAUAAGGAAAACGGGACCACAGCCGUCAGCAAGGCAUAG